AUGCGACCUACAAAUAGGCGGAGGUGCAUGGGCAGGGGGGAUCGCGUGGGCAGGCGAAAGCACCUGGCUCACCUCCGCCUCGCUCACCUCCGCCUCUCUUACCCUCCACCUCUCUCAUCCUCCGCCUCUCUCACCUCCGCCUCUCUCACCUCUGCCUCUCUCACGCUCCGCCUCUCUCACCCUCCGCCUCUCUCACCCUCCGCCUCUCUCACCUCCGCCUCUCUCACCUCCGCCUCUCUCACCUCCGCCUCUCUCAUCCUCCGCCUCUCUCACCUCCGCCUCUCUCACGCUCCGCCUCUCAUCCUCCGCCUCUCUCAUCCUCCGCCUCUCUCACCCUCCGCCUCUCUCAUCCUCCACCUCUCUCACCUCCGCCUCUCUCAUCCUCCGCCUCUCUCACCCUCCGCCUCUCUCACGCUCCGCCUCUCUCACCCUCCGCCUCUCUCAUCCUCCGCCUCUCUCAUCCUCCGCCUCUCUCACCCUCCGCCUCUCUCAUCCUCCGCCUCUCUCAUCCUCCGCCUCUCUCACCUCCGCCUCUCUCACGCUCCGCCUCUCUCAUCCUCCGCCUCUCUCACCCCCCGCCUCUCUCACGCUCCGCCUCUCUCACCCUCCGCCUCUCUCACCCUCCGCCUCUCUCAUCCUCCGCCUCUCUCAUCCUCCGCCUCUCUCAUCCUCCGCCUCUCUCAUCCUCCGCCUCUCUCACCCUCCGCCUCUCUCACCUCCGCCUCUCUCACGCUCCGCCUCUCUCAUCCUCCGCCUCUCUCACCCUCCGCCUCUCUCGCGCUCCGCCUCUCUCACCCUCCGCCUCUCUCAUCCUCCGCCUCUCUCACGCUCCGCCUCUCUCACCCUCCGCCUCUCUCACCCUCCGCCUCUCUCAUCCUCCGCCUCUCUCACCUCCGCCUCUCUCACGCUCCGCCUCUCUCAUCCUCCGCCUCUCUCACCCUCCGCCACUCUCACCCUCCGCCUCUCUCACCCUCCGCUUCUCUCACCUCCGCCGCCUCUCUCAUCCUCCGCCUCUCUCAUGGGGAGAUGCAUCUACAGGGGGGUAGCUUGGAUGCGUCGUCCUCCCUCCCUUCCUCCUGUCCCCUUCCUGCCAUUCUCCCAUCUCCUCAUCCUCUCUCGAUCCUGUCCCCUUCCCCUUCCCAUCUCCCACCCUCCUACUCCCUUCCUCUCAUCCUCCCAUCCUCCCUUUCUUCCUUCCUCCCUUCCUUCCACCCAUCUACCCAACGUCGUCCUCUCCCACCCCCUUCCUUUCUUCAUCUAUUCCCUCUCCCAAUUCUCUGGCUCAGUGCCUUUCCCGGCUCUCUCCCCCCUUACAACCACUCUUCAUCUUCCCCCCCCUUCCGCCCUUCCUCUGGGUCCCCCUUGCUCAUUUUCUCCCUCCGUGCAUUCCUUGUUCCCUACCGCCGUUGCCCUUCCAUUGUCAUUGUUUUGUAUCCUUUCCCACUGCUUCAACUUUGA